AUGGCCACAACUACGUCUGCUGCUCGGUCUUUUGUACUGCUUCUGUCGUGGCUUGCAGUCUCCGCUGCGCAGAAGCCGUCGGGUUGGAACACCCUAAAUGGCAACCCUCCGGUUAUCAUAGCCAAGGGUGGCUUUUCAGGGUUAUUCCCUGAUUCAAGCCAGUUCGCCUACGAGUUCGCUGUGACUCAGAGCUCACAGCGUUAUACCGUCCUUUAUUGCGACGUUCAGCUAACGAAAGAUAGAGUUGGUAUCUGCCUACCCAACAUAUCAAUGGAAAAUGGCACUACUAUCUCUGAUGUUUUUCCCCAAGAGAAGAAAAGCUACCUCGUCAAUGGGGUACCUUCGUGGGGAUGGUUCUCCGUCGACUACACUUUCUUUCAGCUUAAACCUGUUUAUCUCCAACGCUCAAUCUUUUCUCGAACGUCAUGGUUUGAUGGAACGCUUCCAAUACUCACUGUUGAAGACAUGCUAAACAAUUUCAAUCCUUCAGGAACUUGGCUCAAUAUUCAGCAUGACAGUUUCUACAGGAAGUUCAAUCUAAGCAUGACGAGUUACAUAAUUUCUGUGUCAAGGCGUGAAAAAGUCAACUACAUCUCAUCACCUGAAGUUAGCUUCCUCACCAGCUUGCUUGGAAGAGUCCACCCCAGAACAAAGCUCGUGUUCCGCUUUCUGGACGCGCCUAGUGUCGAAUCAUCAAUGAACGUGACAUAUCAUUCGCUACUACUGAAUAAUCUUACCUUUAUCAAGACAUUUGCAUCUGGGAUAAUUGUCCCCAAGCACUUCAUUUGGCCUGUUUCAGAUGACAACUAUCUCGAAGAAUGCAGUUCAGUCGUCCGUGAUGCUCACGAUUUAGGGUUGGAGAUUUAUGCUGAUGAUUUUGCAAAUGAUCUUGUGCUCGGUUACAACUACAGCUAUGAUCCGUUGGCAGAAUAUCUCUCAUUUAUCGAUAAUGACGCCUUUUCGGUUGAUGGUGUAUUGACCGAUCACCCUAUCACAGCUUCGGAGGCCAUUGGUUGUUUUACGAAUUUAAACAAAAGCAAUUCUGAUCAUGGAAAGCCACUGAUAAUUUCUCAUAAUGGUGCGAGUGGGGACUACCCAGGCUGCACUGAUCUUGCUUAUCAGAAAGCCGUUGAGGAUGGCGCAGAUGUCAUUGAUUGCCCUGUGCAAUUGACAAAAGAUGGAAUACCGAUAUGCAUGAGUUUCAGCAACUUACUGGAGGCAUGCUAUGUUCCAGGAGUAGUGCAUUUGGGCUCUGAUGAAACAGCAGGGGUUAAAGAUAUUUACAGCGUGCCAGGAUUCUUCACUUACAACUUUACUUGGCAUGACAUCGUAACGAACCUCCAACCCAAAAUUUCAACCCCAUUUAGCACCUCGACGUUGCAGAGGAACCCCAGAUAUGCGACCGCAGGAAAUUUUACAAGAUUAUCGGAUUUCCUUACCUUUGCAAAAGAUAAGGAUUUAUUUGGAAUCAUGAUCACUAUACAGCCCGUUUUUGGUACGCCCGAGCAAAUCCAACUUGACAUGCUAGACUCAAUCAUCGAAGCCCUCGACGAUGCUGGCUACAGCAAUGAGACCGCCCGGCAGAAAGUUUUGGUUUAUUCCUAUAGCAGUUCUGUCUUGGCGAAAUUUAAAGAGGAGACAGACUACGAGCUGGUGUACGAUAUCAAUGGAGCCUACGGAGAGGUAGCACCGUCCGGCCUCGCGGAGCUUCAAAAGUUUGCUAGCGCUGUCGCGGUCCCUAGGCUAUCUGUCAUCGAUGAAGAUGACGGUUUCACAAUUUCCCAGACGGAAAUGGUCCGGUCCCUUCAGGCCGCCGGCUAUCCGGUGUACGUGUACAACCUCGGAAACGAGUACGUUUCGCUGCCCUUCGACUUCUUCUUAGAUGCCACAGUGCAGAUGAACACGUACGUUGAGGGUGCUGGGGUGGACGGACUGAUCACUGAUUUCCCUGCCACAGCUCGCAGAUACAAGGCGAAUACCUGCAGGAAUCUGGGGAAUAACGUGCCACGGUUCAUGGCGCCUGUUCGUCCAGGUGCUCUCCUAAAAAGCUACUCCAGCAAGCCUGGGCAGAAGAAACCAGAGGCCCGAAGACUGCCACCUUUGACAGAUGAUGACGUCGCCGAGCCACCCCUGCCUCAAGCCGCCGGAUCGCCUUCAACUUCAAUCGCAAUGAGGACCCAAACACGCAUUCCAGUUCUCGUAACACUUGUUUCACUCGUAAUGGUGUUCUCCGUUAUAUGA